AUGUCUAAUCUGACAUCCACUGGCCGUGGUGGCGCAGGCAAUAUCGCCGAUGCGACCAAAUCUCCUCGUAUUGAGCCCUCCGACCUACAGACUCCUACUCUUAAGACACCCAUUAUCACCACCGGUCGUGGUGGUUCCGGCAACAUGAAGCCAAACGUAGAUCCUGUCGAGACACGCGCACGCCAGGAUGUUGCUCCAGUCGAGCGACGACUCAGCACCACCCAACAACAUGUUGGCCGAGGCGGCGCGGCCAACGUCGCUAAGAGCGAAUCACCCGACCCGAAACCCAGUGGCCUCGAUGAGUCCGCUGCUGUGGAUGAUGUCCCUACAGCCGACACUAACAAGAAACAACAACCCGGUAGGACGGCCGGUAGCCUAGCUGCCAAGGCCAAAGACUUCUUCAAACGGACAUAG